AUGGAGGCUGGGAAAAAUGAAAUUAUAGACUUCAUCGAGGAGUAUAUAAUUCACCGAUUUGGGAUUUCCCAAACUUUAAGUACCGAUCAGGGAACUAUGUUUACUGGUCAACGUAUUAAGAAUUUUACAACUUCGAUAAAUAUUAAUAUGGUUACUUCGACCUCCUAUUAUGCACAAGCUAAUGGGCAAAUCGAGGCAGCAAAUAAAAUAUUGAUCAAUUUGAUUAAGAAGCAAAUUGGUCGUAAACCUCAAACUUGGCAUGAGACUUUGAGUCAAGUGUUAUGGGCUUACAGAAACUCACCAAGAAGUGCAACAUGUACUUCUCCUUAUAAGUUGGUGUAUGGUCAUAAUGCAGUUUUGCCAUUGGAAAUUAAUCUUAAUACCUUAAGAAUAAUGAAGCAAGAUGACUUGCUAAUCGAAGAUUAUUGGAAUGCAAUGUAUGACGAGUUGAAUGACUUGAAUUUAGAACGUAUUCUAGCACUUGAGAAUAUGGUUCGGUAG